AUGCCUGUCUUCCAAUAUCGGGUGGCAUUUCUGGCGUAUGCAUUGGAUGAUUUGGUGGCACAACUUCAGACACUGGACCAAGUACCUAUAGCUCGACAAAACAAAAAGGAUGCUGUCCAUGUGGCCUUCAUUUUCAGCGGUCAGGGUGGACAGCAUCCACAGAUGAGCCAAGCAUUGAUCGAUGUAUGUCCCGAGUACGCACAUUCAAUCGCUCGUGCUGCUCAGCAUCUGGCGACAAUCGGCUGCCCGUGGGACCUGGUGACUGAAAUUACCAAGCACCCCCAAAGCUCUCAGGUGAAUGAGCCAGAGUUCUCAUAUCCUAUGACUGUAGCUAUGCAGCUCGCCCUCAUAGACACCUUUACCAAACUUGGAGUACAUCCAUCUUUUGCUUUGGGACAUUCGAGUGGUGAAUUGGCGGCUGCGUACUGUGCAAAGGCAUUAUCAUUUGAGGAUGCAGUGACGGUGGCAUAUCAAACUGGUCGCCUGGUCAGUAAGAUGCAAGUGAAAGGAACUCAGCCCCCUGGUGGGAUGCUUGCCGUUGGCGCUUCCUACGAUGUGGUCAGCGCUUUGAUGAAACCUGCCGCCAAUGCAGCCACAAGUGGGACGAUUCAGAUAGCUUGCAUCAACAGUCCUCUGAGUGUCACGGUUUCUGGCGACAACACUGCAAUUCUAGACAUGCAGCAGGAAUUGGAAAAACAGGGAAUUUUCAAUCAAAAGUUGCACACAGGUGGUGCAGCGUAUCAUUCGCACCAAAUGACUCAGAUUGCAACUGAGUUAUCACAGGAGUUGGAAAAUAUCAGGGGAACUCGGGCUGAUGCUUCUGUUACAAUGAUUUCGUGCUUGACAGGGGACGAUACUGGAGAAAUGAUACUGGGGAAAGACCAUUGGGUGAAAAGCUUAAUCUCUCCUGUCCAAUUCAUGGAGGCAACUAAGACACUGUGCCAACGAGAUCACGAUUUGGAUCAAGUUGAUGUGUUAUUGGAGAUUGGUCCUCAUUCUCAACUCGACAAACCUAUCAAGCAGACUCUCCAGGUUUCUUCCAGUAACAGCCUUGAGAUAGCCUAUACUGGAACUCUGAGAAGAGGAUUCGAUGCCGAGGCGUGUUUGCUUGAUAGUUUGAGGAUCUUGUUCCUUGAAGGAGUCUUGGUGAGCCCCCAGCUAGCGAUUCCAGCGACCGAUUCACAAGUCCUGGCAAAAGUUCCGAACUGGAUAUUUGAUGGACCAGAACACUCUACCUUCAAUAAAAAACUGUCAGUAAGGGAGCAAGACACAGACCUAACAACCCGGAGCCCAUCGAAAUUCUCGCAGCCUGACCGAAAAUGGGGAGAAUUGAGAGGUCCUCCGAUCAUCAAUGCCAAAGGACAGAAACCAAAAGGAGAAAAUGAAAUGAUUCUUCAUCGUGUAAUGUGCAACAUCUUUGAAGUUCACGACGAGUUGCUUGAUAUCAAUUCCAACUUCUUCAGCCUCGGGGGUGAUUCUGUUCUGGCCGUGAAGGUUUCCUCGGCGGCGAGGCAAGCAGGAUUGCUUCUCCCAGUGUCGGAGAUUCUUGGUCACCCCAGGCUGGUUGACAUGGCACAGACAGCCAUCGCAUUUGUUGACAAAGAAGACAUACAGAUUGAUCCAUUUUCACUGGUCGAGGUUGAAGUCUCAGAACUCCUGGCAGAGAUUCCGCGCGACUGGGCGGUCAAGGCCUCGGAGAUCGAAGAUGUGUAUCCCUGCACCCCCUUGCAGGAGGGCCUCAUGGUGAUCAGCCAAAGUAACCCGCGUACCUACAUCUCCCAGAACGUGUAUAAAUUAUCACCAAACAUUGAUGUCGAGAGGUUUUGCAAGUCAUGGGACCUCACCGUGAAGGACACCGCAAUUCUACGGACAACCAUUGUUCCAACUCGAUUUGCAGGCACCUGUCAAAUUGUGACGACACGAGAAAUCCACUGGCAGUUCCCAUCUGAUCUGCAGACAUACCUGGAAUCUGACUUGGAGAAGGGUGUGGCCUAUGGCGGCCCUCUCGCGCGAUAUGCUCUCUUCAAAGGGACCGAUGGAUCCAUGCAAUUCAUCUGGACGGCACAUCAUAGUUUGUAUGAUGGAUGGUCUCGACCUUUGAUCUGGAAGAGGGUUCAACGCCAUUAUCAAUCCGGUGUUCAAUUAUCUCAAAGAGUAUUGCCAACUGUUCCAUUCAGCCGUUUCAUUCGACACAUACAAACAAUGGACAAAUCAUUGGUGGAUGAGUUCUGGACAACGCAGCUGUCAGGCUCCACGCCGUCAAGAUUUCCUCACAAAUAUCUUAUGGGUUAUCGGCCGCAGGUGAACGAGACUUUUAUACAUCAAUGCUCAGCCUUCGGCCGAGAUGCAGUAACACGGUCCACAAUUAUCCGGGCUGCUUGGGCGAUCCUGAUGAAUGAGUACCAUGAGGGCUGCAACGAUGUUACCUAUGGAUUAACGACAAGCGGACGAAACGCCGAUGUUCUCGGCAUUGGCGAGAUGAUGGCGCCCACAAUCACCACAGUGCCGUUCCGCGUGCGGAUAGAUCCUGAUGAGUCUGUGGAAGAUUUCCUUCAUAGACUGCAAACCCAAGCAAUAAAUAUGAUUCCGUUCGAACAGGCUGGGUUGCAAACGAUUUCAAAGAUAAACCUUGAAUGUCGUCUCGCUUGUGAAUUCCAACAUGUCCUUGUUAUCCAACCAGAGCAACGAUAUGACACCGAAGAGAUCUUCCCCGGAAUAUCAUCAGUUCAAGCCACUGAGCUUCAUGCCUAUGCGCUUAGUAUACAGUGCUUUCUAAGUACCGACAAGAUAAAGAUGCAGGUUGAGUUUGAUAAUUCUCUGAUCAACUCAUUUCAGGUGCAACACAUUUGCAGCCAGUUUGAAACUAUCUUGACCCAGCUCUGUCAGGAUGGAUCACGUUCAGUGAGAGAGAUAAAUGCCAUCAGUGAGCUAGACAUGAUGACAGUGUUGGACUGGAACCGCCGAUUCCCAAAGAUCGAGACUCAGACUGUGACUGCCCUGAUUGAUGUCCAAAUGCGCGAACAGCCGCACGCCCCGGCAGUAUGCUCCUGGGAUAGGGAUCUGACAUAUCAGGAGCUUGAUAGACUGUCAACUCGUCUUGCUCACCAUUUGAUUGGUUUGGGAAUCGGACCGGAAGUCUUCGUGCCAUAUUGCUUCCCCAAAUCGGCCAUGACAAUUAUUGCCAUGCUGGCCAUCAUGAAGGCUGGAGGUGCCGGUGUGCCAUUAGAUCCCGAGUACCCUCCUGAAAGAACUAUGGGCAUUAUUGCAGAUGUCGGAGCAACAGUCGUCGUCACCACCACCGACCUAAACACCAAAUUCAAAGGAAUUGUACCCAAUAUCGUGCCUCUGAGCGAAGUCCUCUUGAGAGAAAUCACCAAAGAAGAUCCGAUUUCACCUCAUCGAGCUCAACCUGGGAAUGCACUCUAUAUUCCUUUCACCUCCGGCAGUACGGGUAAACCGAAGGCCUCAGUCUUAUCGCAUAGCAUGUUUGCUACCAGUGCCGCAGCUCAUGGUGAGCUUCUAGGACUUGGAACACACUCGAGAGUCUUCCAGUUUGCUGCGUAUACCUUCGAUGUGAACUUUGCAGACAUUUUUACUUCUUUAAUUCGAGGGUCUUGCAUCUGUAUUCCGUCUGAAGUGGAAAGAAUGAAUGACAUUACAGGAGCAAUCAACCGAACGAGAGCAAAUUCUGCCGUUCUUACUCCGACUGUCGCCGCCAUGUUUACCCCUGAUCAAGUUCCAACCCUGAAGUCACUCAUACUUGGAGGAGAGCCUUUGACACGAGAAAAUGUUCGAGUUUGGGCAGAUCGUGUCAUACUUUGGAAUACAUAUGGGCCAUCUGAGUGCUCCGUGUACUGCACCGCAUAUCGUCUUGAGAACUCCGACAGUGAUCCAGCCAUAUUAGGCCACGCUGUUGGAUCGAUAAAUUGGGUGGUCAACCCAUCUGAUGAUAACAAGCUAAGUCCUGUCGGCUGCAUUGGAGAGCUCGUGGUCCAAGGUCCAAUCGUCUCUCGCGGGUAUCUCAACGACCAAGAAAAAACGAAAGCUGCAUUCAUCGAAAAUCCAGCGUGGCUACCGAUGGGGUAUCCUGAAGAGCACCAAAGACUUUACAAGACCGGGGAUCUUGUUGUGUACAAUUCAGAUGGAACCACAAGCUUCAUUGGACGCAAGGAUACUCAAGUAAAGGUGCAUGGACAACGGGUUGAGCUUGAGGAAAUCGAGGCCCAUCUCUCCCACAGCUCAGAGAUUAAGAAUGCGCUAUUGGCGGUUCCCAGAUCGGGGCUUUACUCUGGACGGCUUGUUUGCGUGUUGUCACUUCAUGAGCCAAUAGGAAUUGAGACAUGCAGACGAUCGAAUGAUAUUGAACUGAUUGAUGGUUCUCGGAAAGCCGCAGCCAUUGAAGUUGUUGGAAACACGCGCAAUUACCUGGAGAAAAAGCUGCCCCGAUAUAUGAUUCCUGCAAUCUGGGCUGUCUUAAAACUCAUUCCCAUGAAUGCCUCUCGCAAGUUGGACCGAAAGAUUUUAAAGACAUGGCUCGAGACAGUUGAUGAAAGUACAUAUCGCUCCAUUGCCGAUGUGUCCAAUGUCAAGGCAACCAGACAACCAACAAACUCAUUGGAAAAACUUAUCUGCGAUACAAUCAGCAUCAUACUAGCGUUACCAGUUGAAUCCAUUGGGUUAGAACACAGCUUCUUGGGGCUGGGUGGCGACUCUAUCUCAGCAAUGCAACUCAUGUCACGCCUUCGCACCAAACACAACAUACGCCUAAGCGUGCAGGACAUUCUGCGCUUUCGGACUGUGGAGGCACUAGCAUCUCAUGCACACAUAGCUCAAGACAUACAUGAUAAUGAGCUGGUCUUUGAAGAAAUUGAUGAUUGGUUUGACCUCACUCCGAUUCAAAAAAUGUUCUUCGAGAAACAGCCCAAUGGCCAGAACCAUUUCAACCAGAGCUUUGCGCUCAAGCUUGCAACACAACAUGACUCAAAACUCAAUCUGAGAAAUGGCCCAAGAGAAUUCCUUUCGCAGAACAAGCUUGACCGGGCAUUGUGGACUCUUGUUGACCGACACCCCAUGCUUCGCUGUCGAUACACCAAAGGCGAUCCAGAUGGAAUUUGGCGACAGAAGAUUUCAUCUGACCCGAAAAAAUCACUACUUUUGCUACCCUCGCAACAACUCAAGUAUGAUGAGAUGGCAGAGAAAUUCCGUGGCAUGCAAAAGUUGCUGGAUAUAGAGAAAGGACCAGUUUUUGCUGGGAUGAUGUGCCAUGUAGGCGAGGAACAAUACCUUUUCUUGACAAUACACCAUCUGGUGGUUGACCUUGUAUCAUGGCGUGUCAUACUGGAAGAGCUGGAAGAGUUGUUGACUCACGGGGCGGUUCACUCAGAGCCUAGCAUCAGCUAUGCGAACUGGGCAAGUCUACAGGCGCAAUAUGCUAGAAGCAACCUCUCCCCAGAGGAUGUACUACAAGCAGAUGCUCUGAUCGCCGACUUUGACUACUGGGGUAUGCUGACGCAACCGAACCUUGUAGCUGAUGCUAUCGAGACGUCGUUUGUGUUGGAUAAGGAAAGAACCGGUCUUUUGCUAGGAGACAGCCAGGAGACUCUAGGCACUCAGCCAGUUGAAGUGAUGGUAGCAGCCCUCAUUCAAUCCUUUAGCAAGGUCUUCCAUGAUAGACAGGUCCCAGCAGUGUUCAUGGAGGGCCACGGUCGUGAGUCUUGGAAUCCAGCCAUUGACAUCACACGUACAGUGGGAUGGUUCACAACCAUGUAUCCGGUCAGUGUUGAGAUUGAAGAUAACGAUGACUGGUUCCAGACCGUGAAGAAAACUAGAGAUACCCGUCGAAGGCUAGCUCACAACGGCUGGUCAUACUUCACAGCCAGGCAUCUCAAUCCUCAGGCAUCGAAUCUUGUUGAAACCUCCGACAUGGAAAUUUUGUUCAAUUAUAUUGGGCUGUAUCAGCAAUUUCAGAGGCCUGACUCAUUGUUUCAGCCGUCAGGCAUUUCCGGCCAAGCUCUCCAGGAUUUCAGCCCGGCUAUGGAGCGCUAUGCAUUGUUUGAAAUCUCAGCAGCUGUCCAUGAUGGUUGCUUGCAAUUUGACUUUGCAAUCAACAGGCAUAUGCAACAUCAGCCCAAUAUUCAGCGUUGGGUGACGCAGUGCUACCGUGAUUUAGCGGACGGCAUUGAUCAAUUGAUGCAACCUGAAGCAGUGAAUCUUGAUGAGUUCCAUACAUUGUUGAGGACCUCUUCAGGUGUUCGCAGACUGGUGGACGAGAUCUUGCCUUCUAUCAACGUCCCAGACAUUGAACAAGUGGAGAGUGUCGGCUCCUGUUCACCCAUGCAACUCGGAAUAUUGCUGGGCCAAAUGAAGUCACCCGGUGCAUAUGAACUCUUUACUAUCCAGAAAGCAGAGUGGGCUGGGUAUUCCAACGAUGAUGCUGCAAAGGUCUUCGAGGCAUGGCAAAAGGUUGUGGACCGUCAUGCGACUUUGAGAACAGUUUUCAUUCGGGGGAGUGAGUCCGAUGCCCAAUGGGGACAGCUUGUUUUGAGGCAGGUGAAAGCAUCGGUCUGUCACAUCACUGGUAUCAGUGAAGAUCCAGUCUCGGUUUUGAAGAACAUCGAGCCAAUGAGACCCAUAGAAGGUGUCCCUCCACACCGUCUCACCUUGUGCUGCGGCACCAAAGGCGCAUUGUUUUUCAAGCUCGAAGUCAGCCAUGCACUGGUUGAUGGUACAUCUAUGCAAAUCAUCCUCAAGGAGAUGAAACUUGCGUUCAGCGGGCGACUCGGGCAGAUUUCGUCGCCGCUCUUUUACAUAGAUUAUGUGACUUUUCUUCAGCAUCAACGAAAGCGAGCAUCUCUGCAAUAUUGGAAAAAAUAUCUACAGGAAGUUCAUCCAUGUCAAUUUCCUGUCCUGGAUGAUGGCCGCUCUCAGAUCCACCAGUGGCAGACCGUUAAGAUGCAAGUGCCGGAAGUGACUGAGUCUGCUGUACGCCGAUUCUCAGAUGCCUACGGCAUGACACUUGCCAACGUUGUGCAAGUUGCUUGGGCGAUGGUUCUGCGAACAUUCACAAACACAAACAACGUUGCUUAUGGAUAUCUGACAUCUGGUCGUGAUGCUCCACUAGAAGGCAUUGAAACUGCCGUAGGGACCUUCAUCAACAUGAUGGUUUGCAGAAUCGACCUUGACGAUUCAACCUCCGCACUGGAUGCUCUACAGACCUUCCAGGACGAUUACUUGCAAGGUAUCCCCCAUCAAUACGUUUCACUUGGGGAUAUCCAACAUGCCAUUGGAAUGGCAGGCCAGCCGCUUUUCAAUACAGCCAUUUCCUUCCAACGGCGGUCUUCACCCAACGAGCCAAUGGAGCUUACACUGACUUCCGUCUAUGAAUAUGACCCGUCCGAGUUUGACCUUUCUGCAAAUGUACUCAUGGGCCCUGGUCAUACAGAAAUCCAUCUUACCCAUCAGACCUCUAGAAUCUCGAGUGGACAGGCCCAUAACAUCUCAAGUGUCUUUCGAACAGUGAUUGCCUCAAUUUUGACCAGCCCGCAAAAGCUGAUAUCAGAACUGAACGUGAUGAGCACUGAAAGCCAACGCAAUAUACAGCAGUGGACAGCAAAAGUACCUCCCACGAUCAAUUCAUGCAUGCACGAUGUCAUAUCGGAGCAAGCCCGCAGUACACCAGAUACACCAGCUCUACAUUCUUGGGAAGGUGAUUAUACAUAUGCCGAGUUGGACUGCGCAUCAACUCUUCUAGCUCGACACAUGGCUAUUUAUGGCAUCAAACCAGAUGACUGCAUCCCGCUGUGUUUUGAAAAGUCUCUUUACACUGUUAUUGCACUGCUCGCUGUUCUCAAAGCUGGCGGAGCCUUUGUGUUGCUUGAUCCGAAGCAUCCAGCUGACCGCCUCAGAGGAUUGUUGAAAGAUCUGAACGCACGGUUCAUAAUUGCAUCGGAACUUACGCAAGAGUACUGUGCAACGUUGAUUGAGCAAGUUGUUGUCGUAUCUCCGGCAAUGCUGGACUCCUUGUCAGAUGGUGAUCCCAGUGAACUUGCAAGAUCCCCCGCAGUCACUCCUCAGAACAUCAUGUAUGUUCAAUUUACAUCUGGGUCGAGCGGAGUACCGAAGGGUGUGGCAAUUGAUCACUCCGCUGCGUGCUCCUCGGUUUACUACCACGGCUCAGUGAUGGGAUUCGGUCCCGCGACUCGCACAUUCCAAUUCGCCUCCUACACCUUUGAUGCCGUCAUUCUCGAAAUCUUCACAACCCUUUAUCACGGUGGAUGCGUUUGCAUACCGUCGGACGAUGAUCGAAUGAGCCGUAUGACGGAUACCAUGCGAAAGAUGCGUGUGAACAUGAUGUUUACGACCCCGACCUUGGCUCAACUGUUCAAACCAGAGGAUGUACCCUUGCUAAGGACCCUGAUGGUUGGCGGUGAGCUCGUAGGCACUGGCACCACGGAUAUAUGGAGAAGCAAGGUGAAUCUCUUUAAUGUCUAUGGGCCAUGUGAAUGCACCGUUUAUUCGACCUACAACGCCUUGAGCACCAAUGACUUCCGGCCAGAGGUUAUCGGGUAUCCCGUGGGCUCAGUGGUCUGGCUUGCAGAUCCAAACAAUCAUGACAGACUAGUCCCAGUAGGCGCCGUGGGAGAACUAAUAGUGCAGGGUCCAAUCGUGGGUAGAGGCUAUCUCAACGAUUCAUCACGCACAGAGGCAAGCUUUUUGUCGCACACCACGUGGUUGUCGGAGUACAAUGGCAGCUUCCAGCAUCGUCUAUACAAGACUGGUGACCUGGGCCGUCUAAAUUCAGACGGUAGCAUCAUGAUUAUCGGAAGGAAAGAUACGCAGUUCAAAAUCAACGGACAGCGCGUUGAGUUCACUGAGAUAGAGCACCAUAUUAAAGCCUCUUUCCCGGGAGCCCUGCAGGUUGCUGCUGAUGUGGUGAGUCCAGAGUACCUCGGUGGGCGGUCAUUACUUUCGGUGUUCGUCAAUUUGGAGAAAUCUGAAAACCUGACUCAGGAUGCAAUUGAAAAUAUUUUGCCUAUGACAGAAAGCCGCUACGAGACAAUGGUUGAGAUGGAAACGGUUCUGACGAAGGCUAUGCCGUCAUACAUGAUUCCUCGACUGUGGUUUCCAAUCAGCCAGAUGCCUUUGUCAACAUCUGGAAAAACAGAACGCAAGGUGUUAAGAUCGUGGGGUGCAUCACUCUCAGAAGGCCAGAUUAGCCAAUAUGCAUUGAGCAAUGGAUCCAAAGCAGAACCAUCGACUGAGACAGAACGCAAUCUAGCAAAUCUCUGGCAACGAGUACUCAACAUUUCUUCUAUCGGUCGAGAAGAUAGCUUUUUCAGGCUCGGCGGUGACAGCAUUUCAGCAAUGCAACUUGCCUCAGCAGCACACAAAGCAGGAAUUCGACUUUCGGUUGCCGAUAUCUUCCACAAUCCCAACCUGCUUGACAUGGCUGCCAAUAUUCCCAUUUCGGAGAUGAAAAAGGGUACUCUUCGUCCAGAGCUUGUGAUGAACUUUAGCCUUUUAAGGCCCGGAAUAGACUGCUCGCAGUUUCUGAAAUCUGCCGCUGAGAAGGCCAAAAUGCAUGUUGACUGGAUUCAAGACGCAUACCCUUGCACACCAUUACAAGAGGGUAUGAUGGCACUGACAACACGGGAUGCGGGAUCCUAUGGUUGGCAAGACGUUCUCGAAAUUCCUGCAACUGUCGAUUUGGAUCGAUUUUGUGCAGCAUGGCAAGCGGUGGUGGACGAGCUAGACAUCAUGCGCACAAGAUUGAUUGAAAUGGACCACCACGGCACCUAUCAAAUCAUUGUCAGACCAGAGCAUAGUUCUAUUCAGUGGAACCAUGCUGAUUCACUGGAGGACUACCUGAGCCAAGACAAGGAACUACCGUUUGGGUAUGGGACACCUUUGUAUCGCUUUGCCAUCGCCAAACAAGGGUCCAAAGUAUACUGUAUCUCCAGCGCCCAUCAUGCGAUCCUAGAUCGUUGGUCUAUCUCUUUGAUGAUGGACCGCAUGUCGUCUCACUAUCUGUUGCAAAAGCCACCUCCUACGCCGCCGUUCAGAGAAUUUAUCAAAUGGAUGUGUUCUCUCGAUACGACAGCCUCUGACAAUUAUUGGAAGUCGCGUUUUGAAGGCUUGGGGGCCAUGGAAUUCCCUCGCUCUGUGCCAGGACAUCGUUCUCGAGCCACGGCAGUUGCAAAGCACUCGAUUUUGAUAUCCCCAACGAGGAGCUCCAGUGAUAUCACCAUUUCAACCCUCCUCAGAGCAGCGUGGGCUGUCACCAUCAGCCUAAAUAGCGGCUCAGAGGAUGUACUAUUCGGAAUGACUCAGACAGGUCGCAACGCCCCUGUACCCGAUAUUACGGAUAUUGUGGCACCACUGAUUACCGUCGUGCCUUUCAAAGUCGUGGUAGAGAAGCAGAGCCGGGUCGCCAACUUUCUACAGAACGUCCAUCAAGAAACUAUUGCCAUGAUCCCCCACGAGCAUGCUGGUCUUCAACAUAUUGCGCAGCUCAAUGCCGACUGCCAAUCUGCAUCCAAGUUUCAGAACUUGCUCGUGAUCCAGUCGCAGCAGCAUCAGCAACAGGGAAAGCUCCCGCUGGACCUCAAACGUCUUGAUGUGGUAGAGAAUGAUGUUCUAUCCUACGGAAUUGUCCUGGUGUGCGACCUCACUGAGAGCGCAGUCAUGCUCCAGGCUGCCUUUGACCCCAAAGUAAUAUCCAAAAAGUCGAUGAACACUUUGUUGGCGCAGUUUAGCCACUUUUUCACACAGCUUAAAGAUCCAAAGUGUGCUCUUGUUCAAUUGAAAGACCUCCAGUUGGUAGGGGAGCACGAUUUGCGACAACUGAUGGUUUGGAAUCGACCACGGAACACGGAGCGCAUCGACAAAUGUGCGCAUGAUUUGAUACAAAAGCGCGCACUGAUUCAACCUGAAUCAAUAGCUAUUGAUUCAGAGGAAGGCCAAUUCACAUACGCUCAACUGGAUACUCUUUCCACCAAGCUUGCUUAUUAUCUCCAAGAGUGUCAUCAGGUCGGUCCAGAGAUAAUCGUUCCUCUUUUCUUUCGCAAGUCAGCUUGGGCCAUAAUUUCAAUUCUCGCCGUCACGAAGGCUGGAGGAGCUUUUGUUUUCCUGGACCCUGCACAUCCAAUGGACCGUUUGAUGUUUAUUUCCCGGCAAGUCAACGCAACCUUCAUUAUCACAACCCCGGAACUAUCAUCCACAUGGAAUCCCACAUCUCUGAGAACACUUCAAAUCACGGAAAGGUUUAUGGAAGACCUUGCCAUGCCGCAACAUUUACUGUUGACUGAUGUGAAGCCAUACAACGUACUUUACGUGAUCUUUACAUCUGGCUCAAGCGGGACGCCCAAGGGUUGCGUUGUCCAACACGCAUCUUUCCUCAGUGGCGCUGUUCAGCAUGCUCGACAGAGUAGAUUGAGUUCAAAAGCUCGGGUGCUACAGAUAGCACCAUACACAUUCGAUGUGAGUAUAUUGGAAACACUCACAGGACUUAUCUCUGGUGCUUGUGUCUGUCUACCGAGGGCGGAGCAUCAAAAUGCUCCGGUUUCCCAAAUCAUCAAUGAUUUGAAGAUCACAUGGAGCUUCUUGACACCUUCGGUCGCCCGAACAAUCAGCCCCAAGGACUGUCCCAGUCUGAAGACUCUCAUUCUCGGUGGAGAGUCUCUCUCACGCGUUGAUAUAGAGACAUGGGCCGGAGACGUCCAUCUUUGUAAUGGGUACGGGCCAAGUGAAUGUUCUGUUGCCUGUACAGCCAACAUAAACAUCACUGUGGAUACUGAUCCGGCCAACAUCGGGAGUACGAUGUGCUGCAAUGCCUGGGUGGUGGAUUCGGACGAUUCUAAUUCUCUCUUGCCGAUUGGAGCGGUGGGUGAGCUUCUGAUCCAAGGGCCUGUUGUCUGUCGUGGAUAUCUUAAUGAGCCAGAGAAGACCGAUGCUGUCUUUAUCAACUCACCUGUGUGGCUUGAUCGUUUCGGUUCAAAUUUCAGCUCACAAGAUCGACUUUACCUGACUGGAGACUUGGUUAGAUAUAAUGAUGACGGAACCUUGCAUUUUGUUGGACGCAAAGACACACAGGUCAAACUACGCGGGCAGCGAAUCGAGCUGGGCGACAUUGAACAUCACACAUCUGCCCACCCGUCCGUCAAGCAUGCUGCAGUUGAACUUUCCAGAUCUGGCAGGUUCCGAGAUAGCCUCGUCGCUGUAAUCUCACUGCGUGGGAUAGUCUCUUCUUCUUCUGGUGAUCUAGACAAUGAGCUUGUACCGGCCUCUGGCGAACACCUGGAUGGAGUCCGUCAAUCUAUUCCAGAGAUCCGUUCAUACCUCAAUCAUCAUCUGCCACCCUACAUGCUACCCAGCUUUUUCAUCGUGCUCGAAAAUCUUCCACUACUGAGCUCAGGCAAAAUCAAUCGCACCAAAAUCAAAACGUGGCUGGAUCAUAUGAGUGCUGACAUGCAGGACCGGGUCUCUGCUCAGGUCUACAUACCGGCGGCACAUACCGCAUCUCUGAUUCCUGACGAUCAGGAAACUGCCCUUAACUUGAGCAAAAAGAUUACGCAGCUUAUUGCAAAGGACGACGAGGAUUAUGCGAUGGCCAUCCGCGACCGAGACAUUGCAUUGGCACCUGCAGGCUUGAACUCUAUCAGUGCUGUCUCCCUAGCAGCCUACUUGAAAAGGGAAUUCGAUAUUGGUGUGUCAAUUGGUAGUCUGCUAGAGGAAUCAAUGACAGUAUGUGGUGUGGCUCGCAUGAUCGACUGUGCCAGGGGUGACGCUGCUGUUUCUAACGCAACCUCCGUUUUGGACUUGUCUGUGGAGAUUGGCAAAGCGCUUGCGGACUUUGAUCAAAAAGCCAGUCCGGGGCCAGUCCAGAUUCUCCAAACAACUAUACCGCAGCAUCCCCAAACAGUCCUGUUGACCGGUGCUACAGGGUUCUUGGGUAGUCAAAUUCUCAGACAACUGUUGGAACUUUCUCAUAUAAAACGAGUGGUUACCCUUGUGCGCGCUUCAGAUCAUCAACAAGCUACUUUCAAAGUGAUUGACUCUGCCAAGAAAAGCAAAUGGUGGCGGGAUAUCUUUGCCUCGAAACUCGAGGUCUGGGUCGGCGACUUGUCACAGCCCGACCUACGACUGGAUGCCGCUCAAUGGCGCUGCAUCGAGGGUCAGCCGGAAUCAUCAUUUUGCAUAGAUGCAAUAAUUCACAAUGGAGCCGCUGUUCAUUGGGGAUAUGACUACCGGGGGCUUGAAGCUGUGAACGUCACCAGUACCGUAUCGCUCCUUGCCUCUCUCACCCGCUCACCAAGACCGCCUCGUUUCACAUUCAUUUCAGGUGGCCAGCUGUUCUUUGGGGAUGACAGUAACAUUGAUGAAGUAGAAGCCUUCACUGAGAUGAUGAAAACAGCUGGCGGUUACGCACAAACCAAGUAUGUGGCCGAUCAGGUCGUGAAGGAGUUUGCUCGGCGAUACACCACAUCCAUUGCAACCAUUGUGAAACCAGGAUUGAUUGUCGGAACAGCAGACUCCGGUGUGUCGAAUACCGAUGACUUUUUGUGGCGAGUGGUGGCAAGCGUCAUCGACAUCGGCGCCUUCAACAGCACAGGACUAGACAACUAUAUCCUGGUUUCUGGUUCUCACCAGGUUGCCAGCGCUAUUUUGGCAGAUUCUCUUUCCCCCCAGCCGCACGCACAACAAAGCAUUGAGACAACGAUCCGGUACGGAAUCCCCGUCGAGGACCUAUGGAACAUCUUGCGUGAUGAUUUCGGCUACCAGCUAGAAGCCAUUGAUGGCACAGAAUGGCUGGCCCGGUUAAGAGCGCAGGUGGAGUUAAAAGGGGAGAACCAUUCUCUGUGGCCAGUUUUCCACCUUCUCCAAGCUACUGGUGGAAGCUUGGGUAUGCCUUUGCCGGUCGAUCUGCGGCAGGACGAGCAUAGCGAUGAAGUGAAGGCUUCUAUGAGAAGAAGCAUUGCCUAUUUGAGAGAUGUUGGGUAUUUAUCGAGUGCCAGUACUGGCGGUAAAUCCUUUGUGCAAACAGACCUUGUCUUCGCUCGCGGCGGUGGAAGGACUCGCACAUAA